UAAUAUUGGUCAAGAUGAGUUAUUUAAUAUGCAUGUCUGAAGAAGCUUGCUUGUGCAGAGAGAUUGCUAGGAUGCUGGCAGAUGAGUUAAAGAAGCGUGUUGUAAUAGUGGAUACAUCCAAUGAAAUUGGAGGUGAUGGUGAUGUUCCUCAUGCGGGCAUAGGCAGGGCAAGGAGGAUGCAAGUUCCAAAUGUACAUAUGCAGCAUAAUGUUAUGAUUGAAGCAGUUGAAAAUCAUAUGCCUGAAACCAUUAUAAUUGAUGAAAUUGGAACAGAGCUUGAAGCAUUAGCAGCUAGUACCAUUGCUCAAAGAGGAGUCCAAUUGGUUGGAACAGCACACGAAAUGACAAUUGAAAACAUAAUAAAAAAUCCUUCUCUUCAGAAUCUUGUUGGUGGCAUAGAGAGUGUAACCCUUGGAGAUGAAGAAGCUAAGAAAAGGAAAGUGCAAAAGACAAUUCUAGAAAGGAAAGGACCUCCUACAUUUACUUGUGCUAUUGAGUUGAUAUCUAAAACUGAAUGUCGCGUUCAUCAUAGAUUAGAUGCAACUGUGGAUGCCAUUUUGGCAGUUAUUUUUCAACCCCCUUCCAAUACCAUGGCACAAAUGGUCAAAGCAGUACAUAUGAUCCUUGGGCUAGAAUCAUUUGGCCCUGCACCAAAAAAACCUUACAAUGAUGCUCUUGAUAUUGAAAUCGAGGAUGAUGAACCAAAACGAAAACCAUCUCGGAAGAGAUUGAUGCCUUGGAGGUACAAGCCUUUCCUUUUCUCAGAGGAGCCAAACAACAAUAAUGAAGUUCAAUCACAUUCUCCCCCUCCUCCCCCAGUCCUAAACUAA